UUUGGACCAGCUCCUGGAGUAAUCUGGAAACAACAUUUAAAUGAGCCAGUGGGUAUUUCGCCAAUACGAAAGUAGUGGAUUGCCCCCCGCACGGGGGUGAUGCAACCACAGGAGGGGGCAGAGCAUCAUCUAACAGAAAGGAGCUGACAUACGAAACCGAUGCUGCCUGCUGCCGUCUGAAGUUGUAGGAUUAGCAAAGUUAGUGACCGCAAAUGGACGACAACCGGAUCGUUAUUAAUCUAACCAAGACGAAAAAUUAGGAGACCCUCAGGUCGCAUUGUAAAUGUAUCGGUCUCAGCCCGCUCAGUAUGAAGAAGUCGGUCCGGCCAGCGGUGAGUAAAGUGAGCGGAGAUCGAGGAAAAUCCGAGGCCACGGUCAAUGCUGGCACCGGAAAGCCUUCAGCCAAGAGCACCUCUGCGCCUCUGUCUAAGGUGAAAAGCAAUGAUGAUCUUUUAGCAGCUAUGGCUGGAGGGAAUCCUCCAUUGAAUAGUACUGUCACCAAGACAAAGAGGACUGCUUCCGUUGGGACUAGCGCUAACAACCUGGAUAGCAAGCCAAAGACAACAUCAGGUACAGCAUCCAAGCGAACGACAUCCUCGACUUCCAAAGAGCCAAAUUCAUCACGAGACCGUCUUCGGACAUCCAGGACAUCAGCUGCUAAGAAGCAGUCGGUAGGGACUGUAGCAGGGGAUGUGGCCUCAGUGAAGCGCUCUCGCAGCCAAAUCCUGACAGAAUCUGAGGGCCGUAUGAGCAAAUCUAAAUCAGAUGGCCAGAUCAGUGAUAAGGUGGCUCUGGAGGCCAAAGUAAAAGACCUGCUUGGUUUGGCUAAGAGCAAAGAUGUGGAGAUCCUACACUUGCGCAGUGAGCUGAGGGACAUGCGGGCCCAGCUUGGCAUGGGAGGGAAGGAAGUGCCCCUGCAGGAAGAAGCUGGGGAGGAAGAGAAGCCCCAGGUUUCAGCCAUCACAGCAGCUGAUGUAGAGUCCACACUCAUUCUCCUACAAGAGCAGAACCAGGCCAUCAGAGAAGAGCUGAACCUGCUAAAAAGUGAGAACCGCAUGCUGAAAGACCGGCUCAAUGCACUGGGCUUCUCUCUGGAGCAGAGGCUGGAUGGCACUGACAAACUGUUCAACUACGCCUCCCUAAGCCCAGACCUAGCUGCAGGCAGUGGGCAGAGUGAUGGUGGUGGCACAGGUACACUAACCUCCUCAGUGGAAGGCUCUGUCCCUGGCUCUUUAGAAGAUCUGCUCACCGGACAGCAGCACGGGGGCUCGGCAGACAACCUUGAUAGUGAAUCCAGUGAGGUCUACCAGGCUGUCACCUCCAGUGAUGACGCUCUGGACGCCCCUUCUGGAGCAUCCUCCUCAUCUGAAUCCGAGUGCGCUCCCAGUAGGGAGCGCUCACGGAGGGGCAGCAGUGGCAAUGCUAGUGAGGUGUCUGUGGCCUGUCUGACGGAGCGUAUCCACCAGAUGGAAGAGAACCAGCACAGCACUGCUGAGGAGCUCCAGGCCACACUACAGGAGCUGGCUGACCUGCAGCAAAUCACCCAGGAGCUAAACGGAGAGAAUGAGCGUCUUGGUGAGGAGAAGGUGAUCCUCAUGGACUCCCUGUGCCAGCAGAGCGACAAGCUGGAGCUCUAUGGUCGCCAGAUUGAAUACCUACGCUCUCUCUUGGACGAGCAUCAUAUAUCGUAUGUGCUUGAGGAGGACAUCAAGAGUGGCCGCUACAUGGAGCUGGAGCAGCGCUAUGCAGAUCUGGCAGAUAAUGCACGCUUUGAGAGGGAGCAGCUACUUGGGGUUCAGCAACACCUGUCCAACACACUAAAGAUGGCCGAACAGGACAACGCUGAGGCCCAGGAGAUGAUCGGAGCACUGAAGGAGAGGAACCACCAGAUGGAGCGCAUCAUGGAAUCAGAGAGGCAGGAUCGAGCUGCCAUGGCAGCUGCGCUUGAGGAGUACAAGGCAGCAGUGAGCAAUGACCAGGCAGAGCUCAGCCGAUGCAGAGCCCAGUUGGACCAGGAAAGGCAGAAAGUGGCCGAGCUGUACUCUCUUCACACUGCGGAAGACAAAGAUGACAUUUGCCAGCUGCUGGAAGGUGUACGGCUGGGAAAAGAGGAGGCUGAGGCCAAGGCUGCGAAGAUGCAGGAGGAGCUGGAAGAAGCCCACAGUGAGCUCAGCCGGCUGCAGGAGACACUUAGUAAGCUGGACAGGGAAUACAGAGACUUUCAGGAGCAGGUGCAGCAGCAGAUGGCCGAACAGGAGCGCACACUGGAGAAGCAGCGUGUGGACCUGCAGGAAAAAGAGACGGAGAUCGCAGACAUGAAGGAAACCAUUUUUGAGCUGGAGGAUGAGGUCGAACAGCACCGAGCUCUUAAACUCCAUGACAACCUCAUCAUCACUGACCUUGAGAACUCUGUGAAGAAGCUGCAGGACCAGAAGCAUGACAUGGAGAGGGAGAUUAAGAUUCUUCACCGCAGACUCAGGGAGGAGUCAAUGGAGUGGCGUCAGUUCCAGGCUGAUCUGCAGACAGCUGUCGUCAUUGCCAAUGACAUCAAGUCAGAAGCACAGGAGGAGAUUGGAGACCUGCGACGCCGACUGCAGGAAGCCCAGGAGAAGAACGAGAAGCUGAGCAAGGAGUUAGAUGAGGUCAAGAGCCGCAAGCAGGAGGAGGAGAGAGGCCGAGUGUAUAACUACAUGAAUGCAGUGGAGAGAGACCUGGCUGCUCUCAGGCAGGGAAUGGGUCUCAGCCGGCGAUCUUCAACCUCCUCAGAGCCCUCGCCCACUGUCAAAACUCUCAUCAAGAGCUUUGACAGUGCCUCACAAGGCCCACCUCCCAACGGUGCCCCUGUGGCUCCAACAGCCUCAACUGCCCAGCUACAGCGCACCCCCCUCAGCCCCAGCCCCAUGAAGACACCUCCAGCAGCUGCUGUUUCACCCAUACAGAGACACUCCAUUACCGGGUCUAUGUCAGCAGCCAAGCCACUCUCCUCACUGAGCGAUAAGAGGCCCAGCUACACAGACAUCGCCAUGCCAGCUGAGCACCUUCUCAGGGGAACCUCGACUAGCCGGCCUCCGUCUGUCCUCCAGAGAGUUACCAACAUGGAUUCGUCCAAGGCAAUCUCAGUGUCCCGCAGGAGCAGUGAGGAAAUGAAGAGGGACAUGUCUGCUCCAGAUGGGGCCUCUUCAACCUCCCUGAUGGCCAUGAGUGCAGCCUCCUCUCCACUCUCCCUGUCCUCCUCCUCUCCCACCGCCUCCAUCACCCCCACUACACGCAGCCGCCUAAGAGAAGAGAGAAAGGACCCACUGUCAGCUCUGGCCAGAGAGUAUGGGGGCUCCAAGAGAAAUGCUUUGCUGAAGUGGUGCCAGAAGAAGACUGAAGGCUACCAGAACAUCGAUAUCACAAACUUCAGCAGCAGCUGGAAUGAUGGCCUGGCCUUCUGUGCUGUGCUGCACACCUACCUGCCUGCACACAUCCCCUACCAGGAGCUCACCAGCCAGGAGAAGAGGAGAAACUUCACAUUAGCUUUCCAGGCUGCAGAGAGUGUGGGCAUCAAGUGUACUUUGGACAUAAAUGAGAUGGUGCACACGGAGAGGCCGGACUGGCAAAGUGUCAUGUCUUAUGUCACAGCCAUCUACAAGUACUUUGAGACCUGAUGUCACCGUCUCACUCACGCUGCUCCUGCAGCACAAUCAGAGCCACACCAACACUCCUGAGCUCUCAACAACAUUUCAGCACCACAGUCAACUGUUAGACCUCACUGCCCCCCCCUCCACAGCACAGCAGCAGACAGUCACACUGCAUGUUGGCUCUCAGUACUUGGGAACACUACAGACCAGAGCCUCACAGGACACACUCCUGCCCCCAUCCUUCCACUGCACAGCGUAGGAGACGCUUUGUGUAGAGUUGAUGCUCAAGCGCUUCACUGUAUGUUUACUAUACACUAGUAUAGCAUGAGAAGUGACUCUAGUGAACACACAGUGGACCAAGUGUGAAGUGACCAGCAAUGAAAUCCUGGCAAUCAUCUUUUCCUUCAGUUCCCAUCUGAAGAAGCAGUAUGGAAAGGAAACCUAGUCUCAGUGCCUUCUACCUGGCUUUUCCUUGCAAAUAUCUCUUCACUCUUAACCAAGUUUCCAAUCUCUUAAAGGGCAAUUCUGGCAAAUCUGACUUUAAGUGUGCUACUUUACAAGAGGAGACUUUUUCAUAAAAAGUCCAUGUUUGAAAGGACUGAAGACCGACAGCAUUUUUUGCACCAAAGCUUCCAGACAUUACAGUAUGACGCAUGAGCCUCUGUUUCAGCAGAUAAAGUGCCUGUGUGAGUUUGGAUGUAGGCUACCAGGAGAAGAACUCUCUGAAUGGGCCGAUCCUCCAGAGUGACAGUGUGGAUGUGCCUUUUCACUGCAGUUUUUGAAGCUGAAGAUUGGAGGAGCUGUUUCCAAACAUGUUCCGGAGCCUUUUUGCUUGCUGACUUUCUGGCUUGUUUGUUAUCGGGACAGACUGAUGCUGCACACAGCAGCAUCUGAUUGUGUGGGAAUGUUUCAAGCACAGACAUAUGCUAUGUUCAACAACACUACUACAGCUUUGUUAUGCAGCACUAACACAUUCUUAUGAAAACUUAUCACUAACAGAUUCACAAAGGUGGAUUAAUAUUUAUUAGCUGUGGAUGGAGUUCUGAACGCUGAUCUGUGAGUAUUUGCGUUUGAUGCAUACAGUGCAGUGCAUCCCAUCAGUUCAUCAUAACCAACAUAGGAGUGAGUUGCUUAUAUUUUCUGGUAAAAUGUUUUUGAUUGACAAUUUCUGUUUAGAUCAGAGAGCCUUAACCUUUUAUCGCCUGAGAGGUCUCAUGAGAAAAAUAGCCUCUGACCCAGCGCUGUCAUGUUGGGAAAGGUGUGCUCUAGUUUCAGUACAUGGUCUCGUUACAGGAAUAGCUCUGUUAAUUCCUGUCUUUAUGCUAAGCUAAAGUGAGCUGCUGCUGGUUCUAGAUUCAUACCAUACAGACAUGAACGUGGUAUUGGUCUUCUAAUUUAACUCUGCAAGAAAGCAAAUUAGUAUAUUUACAAAAAACUAUUUGUUCAGCAAACGUUACGUUAAAUUUCUUUAGUUACACAAAGUUACAAAAUAUGCACACAUCAGUGAAGAAUUCAUUCUGCCGUUGACUUGCGUUGUGUGUUAAUACUGAUGCUAUGUUAGACAAUAGUUUUUGAACUUUUGUCCUGUUUCAGCCAGCAGCAUUACUGCACUGCUGUUUGACUGCUGUGUAUUCAUUGUGCCUCAAAAUGCCAAGUUCACUGUAUUUAUUUGCAUGGUUUGUGGAAACUGAAAGGAGGCCCUUGUUUUAUGUGUCUGGAGUGCAUAUGACUUUAUUACACAUACAUUAAGUAGCUGCACUAGGAUAAUCUUUUUGUAUUCCACACUAAUUGCCUGACGUUUAGCUGGACCUGUGGUUAUAAUUCCCCACAGGUCACCUGUCACAGUGUAGAAAUAGUUUCUAAAAU